CGACAACUUUCCACAUGUUCAGUCUCGGGCUUGCUUGGAGCUGCUGCCAAGGACUGGACCCGGGGACCUCCUUCAUGCAAAGCAGAUGUGCUACCAGUGUGUGUGGUAGCCCAUGGUUUUGUUUUUGUUUUGUUUUACUAAUUCCAUUCUCCAGCAGGGAAGAGAAGUGCGUCUGACGGUGACACAGAUAGGGCGUCUGACUCCCCUUCCCUAUCCAGGUCAGGAGGAAGGGGUGGGAAGACGAAUGGACAGGCUCGUCUCUAUGUGGGGAAUUGGGAAUAACCACCAAUAACAACCACAGAGUUGGGUCUGACUUCCCUGCCAGUUCCAAUGUGCUCCCUAGGGUCUGGUGACCCCCUCCCUUCUGAGCCCUCAGAGGAAUGUGAACUCGGCAGCCUGGCUGCAACUGGGGAGGCCUGAGCAGGUUUCUUCCCUUUCCCACCAGAAUUCCUGGUCUCACUGCACCCCCUUUUGUGGCAUGUCUGGCGAGGAUCAGAAAAGCCCUUCUUUUCCUCAGCCAGGACCAGAACCAUGCCUCUAAGCCACCACCGAAUGUUGUUGGGAAGGGCUUGCCCUCAACUUACAGCUUCAGAGCCUUCCCCUCUGAUCCAAUAUCUGUGGGUGGCAAAUCUAUCACUGGCAGUCGGUAAGGAGGCGGGGCCCACCCCACACUGGCCCAUCUCUUGCUAGUGUGUGAACUCACUCUAGCCAAGGAGGCAGCGCGGGGUGCACCUGAACCCUCCGACGCCCUAUGGCGGAUUGACGUAGUAGUCCAUAUUGCUGUCUGCAUCAGGGGCUUGCUCCCUGGAAGAUCGGUCAUCGCUGCAAGAGAGAAGAGAACCACCACGGUCCUUCCCCUGCAGGAAAUCUCUUUGAAAAAUACUAGAAAAGCUCAAGGAAAGCUGAGCACUGUGACUACCCUGCUUUUUAGGAGCCAGACAAGGCAGAACUGGUUUCUCAGGGGAUGCUCCUCCCACUCGCAGGAGGGGGCCCUCUGGUGAAUGUUGAAGUCUGAUUGGCCUUGUCUAGGAGUGAAUGGGAGAAGACAAUCCGCUGUCGGAUGCACUCCGGUUCCCUGCUGAGAAUGGACUCUUCAGCCAUACAGUGAAAUAAGUACUAAAUGGAAGAUGUUAAUUCAUCUGGAAGAUGAAAUGAAGUCAGAAUUUAGGAAGGAAUCAUAAGAUCACAAGGUUAUAAGAGAAAAAGGACUUGGAUGGAGAAAAUGAGGGACAACCAAAAAAGGGGGAAAUUGAUGCUUUAUAGUUCUGGAAGACCAUAUGACACCAUCUGAAGAUUCAUAGAGGAGUGUGAAAGUUCUAUCUCUGGUGUUUUGAUCCAUGAUGGCUCAGACACUGCUAACUGGGCAAAGAGGGACCUUUUCAAUGGUGAUUAUAUUUCUGCAAUGUGGUCUCUGUCUUUUACACCAAUGGGCUAUGUGCCUGAGCAGAGAUCUCAUUGGAACCUAACCAGCUCAAUUCUGAUUUAAGUGGGAACCCCACCCUCAGUAGACGUUGUGGAAUCUUAAGCAAUGCAGUGAGUAAGAUUUCUAGCUUUGCUUAAUUCUAUUGUUUUUCUCCUGUUUUUCCCUUUUCACACUUUGUUUUUCUUUCUUCGGGUAGUAGCAUUUUUUUCUUGGCAUUUUUAUUUCUUUGGGAUCCUCCCCUCCCCUUAUUUCCCUUGGAUUUGAGGACACUUCAGUCCUGGACGGCAUGGAGUCUCACAGCCAUGCGGCCAAAAAACCCCAAUUUCUAUGCUAGGCACAACUGAUUUUAAAAAGUGUGUCAGUUGUGGAUCGAAGAUUCCGAUACCCAUACCAAGUGUCUUCUCUGUUUGGGGGAAUCCCACAUUGUCAAGACGUGUGUUUAGUGCCAGAAACUCAUGAAGCAGGCUUGAAAGAAUAGGGCUUCUCACUUGCACGCAGCCCUGUGGGAUCUAGCUCUCUGUUCAUCAGAGGCCUUGUUGUUGGAGCAGCCUUUGAAAAUGGCUUCCUUGGUACUGCAUUAUCAAUUUCUCUUUUUGUAUCACGGAGUUGUAGCCCAUUUUCUUAGACAACGUAAAAGCCACUUUAGGACCGAUUUUCAAAAGAACUACACAUACAUUGUGCAAUGCGGAUCUAUUCCUUUAUUUUGUUUGUUUAUUAUAUUUAUAUACCACCCCAAACACUUGUCUCUGGGUGGUUUAGAACAAAUACCUCGUGUUACUGACAUGUAUUCAUCUUCAUUCCAUAGAUCAAUUAGGCUAAACAUUUGUCAACAUGGCACAAACUAGUUUUGUAUCUCCUCCAGUAGUGAGUGUUAUCCUGUAAGAGUAUAAUGAAGUCCUGUUCACUGCAUACUGCUUUUCUUCCUACAGUUCAUGCACUAAUAAUUAUUUGCAAUAUAAAUUAAACUGUGCUGUUGUUAAGUUCAGUGCAACAUAACAUUAAUGUCAGUUCAUUGCUAGAUUAUACAGUAGUUUAUUACAGUGUCUCUGGAGGGCUUUCAAGCAAGCCUGCUUCCCACUAAUCAGAUUCAAGUUGAGCAACUUGUCACUUUUUUCUUUUGCUGCUAAUGGGAGAAAUUAUUCUUGUCAAAUAUUUCUUCUGUGUUAUUCCUGCCUUCAGUUAUACUACACACUGUAGAGUGGCAUGCAUGACAACCAGAUCAAGUCAGCCAUAUGCAAAUAUUUGCAUUACGACCAGAAGUGAAACCAGGGUGUGAACAUCAGGACCUGGAGCUGACAGAGUAGAGUUGCAGCUUUUUCUCAAGUGGUGCUGACGAGCUAAUUAAAUUGUGUGACCGUUUAUGUUUGAGUACAUCUGUUGGAGGAAGUUAGCAUUUGCCUUUGGGAUGCAGUGCCAAAUCUGCUUCAGGAAAGGCAGUUCCUGUGUUAUGAAAAGAAUAAAUCACUGCUUAUUCACUAGGACCAUUCAAGAACACUGAUUGUGUCGUGGAAAGCAGUUUGGUGGUAAGUGUUAUGGAUUUUAACUAAUACUGUUUAGCAGUUAAGAAAGGCUUGUCAUUAGCAAAUGGCUGUAGCAUCUUUAUUGCAUUGCUAAUACAUGUCUUGAUCCACCAAAGGGACAAAGAGGCUGGGGAGCGGUUGUGUAAUGUUACUAGGUGUGAGCUGAUGGAGAAGAGAUGGCACAAGAGUCAACUGGAUUUUUUCAGUUUCAUGUUGUUGUGGUUGGAAUCCAGGGGCUGGGUUCUGCAAAUCAGUACACUUGAUAGAUAAAACUAGUGUGGAAUGGCACCUAAACCUAGCCCAAAAUUUCAGCAGGAAUAUGAGGCUGCUAUCUGUGGAGCUCAUGAUUUCAAUAUCCUAGCUUCUUCAAUCACUGUUUCCCCAUUUCUUAAUAGAUGGAGACAAGUACUCUUCAAGCAAACUGUACCAUUCUAGCCAAUAGGAGCCGGCCCAUUCAGCAACAUGUGGAGCUUUUCCAGCUCAGUGUAUACAUUCCCACAUUUAUGCUGGGUUUGGUCUUCAAUGGCAUGGCUAUGUGGUUUGCCCUCUGCAAGAUCAGGCAAUUGACAGAACCAGUGAUCUACAUGGUAUCACUUAUCUUUUUAGAUACCUUGAUGCUUUUUGUGCUUCCCUUUAAGAUAAUUUCCUAUCACAAAAGAAAGUGGGACCUAGGGAGUGCCUUUUGCUUAUUCCUAGAAAGCCUCUACUUUGUCAACAUGUAUGGAAGCAUCCUCAUCUCCACAUGUAUAUGUGUGGAUAGAUACAUUGCUAUCCUGCACCCUUUUCAAGCUGUGACCCUGAGAUCUCCCAGGAAAGCUGCCAUAACUUGUGCUAUCAUAUCAGCUGGGGUGUGGGCAGGAACAGCAUAUACUUCCCAACUGCAUGAACACGCAGGCCCCACAUCUUGCUUCCAUAGUUUUUCUGGAAGUAUUUGGAACACCCCAGUUUUGCUCGCCGUCCUGGAGACAGUCUUUCUUAGCUGCAUGGUCACCACAAUCUUCUGUACAGUUCAGAUUGCCAUACGCCUGCAGCGAAGCCAACAGUUAGCCAUGAAAAAAAGCAGAUCGAUCAAUAUCAUCAUGGCAAACCUAGCUACAUUUCUGGUCUGCUUCACCCCUUUUCAUAUGGCGCUGGUGUUGUACUAUCUGGUGAAGAAUUGCAUUCUAGAUGAUGGUCAGGAAAUCAUUCGCACAUUUCUUCAGAUCAGCCUGUGUUGGGCUAACCUCAACUGCUUCAUGGAUGCAAUCUGCUAUUACUUUGUUUUUAAGGAAUUUUCCACUGCAGAAACAGCCCAAGAAUGACUGAUUGACUAAUAUAUUUAGACGAGUUUUUCUUUACUGUUGUUUUCUGGUUUACAUGGAACUCUUGAGUUCUGCUUAGUGCUGGAGGUGGAUCUGAAUAAGUCCAGGUUUGUAUGUUUUCAAAGGGGGAACAGUCAAUACCUCUUUGCCCCAAUAGCUCCUUGCUACAAUCUGCAGGCUCACACAAGAGUGAGUGCGUAUUUCUAUUUUCCUUAACAUGAAGCCUAAAGCAGAGUUCUGGAGAACGUGAAAGCUUGUUCAUUGGCAUUUUCGUUUGUCCUAAUAAAAGUAUUGCAUUUACAAACAGUA